AUUCUUAAUACCUAAUUUCUAUAUAAUGUUUUCUAUAAACAUCUGAAUCAAUAUUUGAAUACGCCUCGUACAUUCUUAUGACGACGUAUUGUAAAUGGAAUUGUGCAUCGAAUGGGUACUAAUUAACUUCAUAAAAAUAAUGGUGUGUAGAUUAAGCAAUGAAAACAAUAAUUUAUCGCUGGUGAUUUCAUGGACUAGACCAUAAAAAGAAUAAUUUUAAUCAUUAGAUGUCGGAUAAGUACAACCAUUUAUAGAAUCAUGUCCAAUGCAGAUAUCAAUAGAUUUUUUCCUCAAAUAAAGGGCGAUCUUAGUAAUGUUAUUUGGGCACAUGCAGUUAAUAGCCAAGCAUAUCUUCAAAACACCCUUCAGAACGAUGAAGUAAUGAUGAUAGAAGCUGAUGUGGUUUAUGGUUAUUUGACUGAUUCUCCAAAUAAAAUGGCUGUAAUGGCACAUUCGAUAGAUGAUACAUCAGAUUUAUCUUUAAAUAUGUUUUUACAAGAAAUAGAUGAUUUUAAUGAUAAAUCUGAUAUAUUGAUUGGAAAAGGAAAGGGAUUAAAACUUGAUUUCAAAAGUUUAGAUGCAGUAGAAGCAUCUUUGGAUUCCAUUUUAAAAUAUAAUAAGGGAAAGUAUCCAUUUUGGUUGAAUGCGGACAUAUUGCCCGGCCCUAAUUAUGACAAAAAUGAAUUUAUAAAAGUGAAUCCUGUAGAUGCUGAAGGAUUCUUAUCUGCUGUAAAAAAAUUCCAGUAUUCUAUAUUAUCUCUUGGAUGGACGACAAAACUAAGUAAUGCAAAUCAGAAUUAUUCACAGAAAUAUAUAAAAGAAAUGCUAGAAGUAAUCGAAAAGAAUAAGGUAAGCAACGAAUUAACUUUCGCUGUUCGAGCUGGUCUAGUGGCCAAUAGUUUACCGGAAAUGAAAGAAUUGUUGCUAAAUGACAAUUCCACUUUGACGAUUUGGUCAUCUCAGGACGAUUAUCCAGGAAAAGUUAAUGUAGAGAAUUUGAGGAAAGUUAUUUCGGAUAUUGGUGUAUUGAAAAUUUUUAUAGACGUACCGCAUAAUUUAAGAGAGGCAUUACAUUUAAAAUAACGAUGUUAAGCAUAGCAUACAUUGAAGACUCUCUAGAGACACACCGUUAAUCGGGAUUAACUGAAUAAGAUCAUCGAUUUACACUCAUUUCUUUCUCUAAACGACUGCAUCAUGUAACAUAUAUCCAUUUCUGUACUCAUUGUAUACUUUAUUUAUUCAUCUACGAAUUGUAACUACAUUACAUCCUUAUGUAAGUUACAUAUGGGAGAUACAUAUAUUUAGAUGUUUCAGGAUAAUGUUAUUGCUUUGUUCAGUGAAAGGUAUCCAAAUAACAGCUUGAUGUAUCAUCGAAAGAUUUUUUACAAUAGGAAGCAUUCAUUAUAAGAAGAAAGACUCCAGGUCUAGGUACUUUAGUUGAUUCACAUUCAAUGAAUGCAGAUUCCAAAAUUUCAUUAUGAAAUCGAAUUUACAGAGAAUUCAUACAGCAAACACAGUCAAAAUCUGUCGCACUUUAGAAUAACAUAAUGAAGUAAGGUGAUUGUAGUUCUGUUUGUAUUUUGGGAGUUUAGUUUUAGAAAGGAAAAAUUCUCAUAAAUAGUAUUCCUUUUCUCAAAACUGUCGAUAUUAGGAGCGGAAGAAAUUCCUAUUUUCUAAUGAAAGCAAGUUUAAAAAAAACUGAAUGGUGCGAACUUAUAGAAAUCAUCGGACUUUUUUGCUGUCUUAAUAAUUCUAUCUAAAGAAUUACUGAUUGGGUAAAAAAUCAGUUCGGUGAAAUAUGAUUUGAAAGCAUGGGGAAGGGUAAAGCAAAUAGUUUAUCGAGGACAUAUUUCAUAUGAUAGUGAACUUAGUGGAGUCUAAAGCCGAGUUUACAUGUGUUAAGUAGCUAAAGCAAGUUACUAAAUCGAGUAGCUAAAUUUAGUUACUUGUACGAUGAAAACAACUUGAUUUAGUACUUGCACAAGUACCUAAUUUAGUAAACUGUUUAGUCAAUUGAAUAGAAACAAUUUCUAUUACUUGAGCAAGUAGUUUCUCCCACCACUGCUUCCGGCAACUAAAACGCCGACUAAACCAGUGUAGACAUAUUGGUUUAGUCUAGUUCAUUAGUACAUAGAGAGUAUUUGAUUUGGUAACGCUUAUUUUUAUUUUUCUUCAAUUCUUCUGCAAGUGUUUCUGAUAAUUCACCACAUAUGUCCGAGAUACAAUGCCGUGUUGCAGCGCGUAUUUUUUCAGCCAUGUUUAAUUCCACAGUACUAAAUGACAACUAAAAUUUGAUUUGAUCUUAACGCUACCACGGUCGCUGACCACAGGAACAAGGUAAUUACCUCUUCAAUCGUCAAAUUCUCAGUCGGAAAUAUCACGACUUCCGCAAAUAUAAAAUUUAAAAAUUUAUGUUCAAAUCCAUAAUGAAAAAUUCUACAUCGUUUGACAGUCACACGUCAUGACGACAAUCUAGCCAGGUGCACCAAUAGCUCAAUUUCAAAAACACCAGCUAACAAAUCACUCCUCAAAACAACCUUUCAACAGACUGAACAACCAAAAAUCAAUAUCCGCAAAAUUUACAAAAUACUGCACGAAAAACUUCGUGAACAGUUAACUAGAUGCUGCUCUUACAAGCAACAUAAUUCCGCAACCAGUUAUACCACGUCUGGCAAAUUUCUAAUAACGCUUCCGUCCUGUAGGACAAUACUUAACCUCAAAAGAAAAUAAACCAAACAUUCAAUUUGUUUAUAUAAAAAUAGUUCAACAAAAGGACAAAUUAAACUGUGCUAAAUAACUUAAAUUCCAGGAACCCAGUAUGUCACCAAUAAGUACAUACAAAACUACAAAAGAGAUAUGAAGUAUAAUAUGUAAAUAUUUCUACUCAAAGAUAAUAUGACAAAAUAUCUUUUAAAGAUAAUUAUUAACAAAAAAAAGUUGGUAGGUUUAUAUCGUAUAAUGGGCGGUGUGAAUAAAAACGAGUACGAGGAGUAUUUACUUACAAGUAAAGUGUAACGAGUAUUUAAACUCCAAGUAAGCCGAUGUGAAUAAAGCGUCGAGUUUACUUGUGACCAUGUACUCGCCAACCUGAGGGUAUACUAGCAAGUAUUUACUCGCAAGACAACUGAAUUCACAAGAAAGGCAAGUAAAUACUUGUAGCGCCACACAGACUACGCAUCAUUUCCUGUUGUGACUUGUUCUGUUUUCGCCGCUAAACUAACUUUGACUCCCCGUCAAAGUAGUGUGACAUCCGGUUGUGACAAUAGAGCUAUUUUUGUAGCGUUAAUGAAAGACUUUAAUGUUGUGCUAAAUAAAUCUAUGUUGCCUAAAGUUGCAUCUGCUAAAGAGAAGGCAUGGGGAUGUUAAGCCGACCAGUUUUCGAAAAACGUUGGGAAGCAAACUAGUGUUGGACAGUUAAAAAAGCUAUUGAACAAUAUGAAAACCGCAGUCAAGAAAAAAACUGAUGUCAACGCAACUGGAAAUAAACCAAUAAAAUUGUUGUCAUGGGAGGCAGAUUUCCUAAAAAUUUGCGAUUCAAACGAGAACCCAGUUUAUUGCAAAAUACCUGGUGCUUCAUGCGUUGGAUUGGGAGCAAGUUCUACGUCGCCAUUGCCUGAACUCAAUGAGGAGAAUGAGAAUAGGGAAGACGAAGAUGAUCCCGUUGACAUGCUAGCAUCAAACCAGCCCAUCACACCAGUGACUUGCAUACGUAAGAGCGAUGCGACGAAGUUAAGAAAAGAUAAGAAAUUGAAACUCUCAGCUGAAACUGAAUAGACGUCAAAGUUGACAGCUGGUGAGCUGCAGCGUUUAUUAUUACUUGAACAAAUUAAGCUAACAAGACUUCAGGCUGAACGUGAACAACUGAUGAUAACGGAGUUGAACCUAAAAUAAAAAUAAUAAAAUAAAUAAAAAACAAAAAUGAAAUAUGUAUAUAAUAUACGUCACGUACAAAGUCACGUGACGUACGUCACGUACGCAGCUGUACACAGUUUGUAGGGUAUGGCAUGACCGGUAGAGGGCUCAUAGGCUGGUGGUAUAUGCCCAUUUGCUUUUCAGCAUGCCAUGUUAAAUCUGAUAUAAUGUAGGCCUAUGCGCACACAUGCGCACAUAUGACAUACUUAUUUAAAAAGAUAUAUAUUUCGUUUUUUUAUAUAUUUUUUAUAACUUGUUUAUUUUAUUUUUUCACAUAUGCGAUUGCAAUUGGAGUAAAGGAAAUAGGAUUAAAUUUAUUUCCAUGUCAAAAAUGUGUAUUUACAUCAUCAGAUUAUUACUAAUUUCUAAUCGUUUUUGCUGAUCACGUCGUUUAUUUAUAACUUCAUUCCGAUCUAAAUUGUAUAGAGGUACAUUUUCUUCAGCCACACCAUUUUCGAUUCCGUCUUCCUCUUCCCAAGCAUCAUUCAAAUGUUUUGCUACAUUGUGAAGCAUUGCACAACUUAUUACUAAAUUGGGAACAUUUUCGACUGCUAUUCUAAUUUGGCUCGAGAGUAUGAGAAAACGACGUUCCAUCUGGCCAAAAACUCGUUCAAUUAUUACUCUUUCCUGAGCACGGGUCGAAUUGUAAUUCCGCUCACGAGCAUUUCUUGGUUCGUCAAAAGGAGUCAGUAACCAAGGAGUAAUUCCAUAUCCGCUAUCACCAAGGAGACAAACAUCACCAUCGUAUCGGCGCACCACGUCCUGAAUUCCACUCACUCGCCAAAUCCUGCCAUCAUGUACACUCCCUGGCCAUUGAGCAUCCACACUUGGUAAUUUUUUCAUGAGCGUCACAAGUCAUCUGAAUGUUUAUUGUUGUUUUUCCUUUUCUGUUCACAUACUCGUCGCCGAAUUCCGAAGGUUUGAUAAUAUGCACGUGAGUGCAAUCUAUAGCACCAAUGACAGUCGGAAUGCGAAAUUUUGAAGCCCAAUCUGCAUUGGCCUGAUCCAUAUCUUCAAUAGUGCGUGGAAAUUUAAUCCAAUCUUCAGACUUCGACACUAUUUUAUCCAAUACACUUGAAAAUGUUCUGCUGACGGUACUUCUUUCAAUCCCCAUGUCGUUGGCAACACCACUUUGGAAUCCUGGAUCACUAACUUAUCUCAGAAAAAUUUCCAUCUUUUUCCGUGCAGUUAAUCCUCCACCUCCUUGUUUUCAUCAAGAAAUUGCGAAGUUUCACACCACACAGGUUCAUAAAUGCAGCCAUCUUUCAUGUAAAAAUACGACUGCAAGUCUGGGGUCGGGUUGACUUGCGAAUGGGCGAGUAUUUACUUGCGUUUAUUCACACCAAAAUUGGCAUUUACUAGCCUCUCAAGUAUUUACUCGCGAGUAAGAGUAAAUACUUGUUUUAUUCACUUCAAUUUUGGCGUUUACUUGUCAUUUUAAUUUGUUCAAGUAUUUACUUGUCCUACUCGUUUUUAUUCACACCGCCCAAUAUGUUUAUAACACAAGCUGUGAGCAGUGAAAACGUUACAGGGGUCUUAUCAAGAUCUUAAACAAACUUUAUGUAAAAAAUAGAUGGGCGGUGUUGUGCACCUUGAGAGACUUAUUGUAUUCUUUCAAAUAACUAUUUCAUCUAAAUCUUUUUUUGUUUUUCGACUAAGAAACAGUGAAUAUUGUAUUAAUAAAUUAGAGGACAAUAAAUUGUAAGUCGUUUAAUAA